GAGAGAAGAGAGAUGCUAUAGGAGCAGAGGAUGUAGCAUUUGUGAGAUUUUCUCAUUUCAAUUUUCAAAGACAAGACAGAGCUUUUCUUUUAUUUCUUUUUCUUUUUCUUUUUAUUUUUUAUAGGAAUUUCUUUCUCUAUCCAACUUAUCUGUUGACCCAGAGAGAGAGAGAUUGUAUGUGUGUUUUGUCACGAUCAUUGGAUGCACGUGGAAGCCCAGAAAGGAUGGCUCUUUCUGGGGUUCAUAAAGAUAGAGGAGAGUUGAGGAUUCAUGAAAAUUUGGAUGAGCUUGGCACUGAUUUGGCAGACUAUAUUGCGGAACUCUCUGAGGCUUCUGUGAAGGAGAGAGGUGUCUUUGCCAUUGCCUUAUCUGGUGGUUCUCUCAUUGGCUUAAUGGGGAAACUUUGUGAAGCUCCUUAUAACAAGACUGUAGACUGGGCUAAAUGGUACAUAUUUUGGGCGGAUGAACGUGGGGUGGCAAAAACCCAUGCUGAUAGCAACUAUAAGCUGGCAAAGGAUGGCCUUUUGUCCAAGGUGCCAAUUGUACCCAGUCAUGUGCAUUCUAUCAAUGAUUCACUAUCAGCAGAGGAGGCUGCGAACGACUAUGAGUUUGUCAUUCGACAAUUAGUGAGAACACGGACAAUCAGUGUGUCUGAUAUCAGUGACAGUCCCAAGUUUGACCUCAUCCUCCUUGGAAUGGGAGCUGAUGGUCAUGUUGCCUCACUGUUUCCAAACCACCCUGUGCUUGAUGCAAACAAUGAAUGGGUAACUUUUAUUACUAAUUCCCCCAAGCCCCCACCUGAGAGGAUCACUUUCACUCUGCCUGUAAUAAACUCAGCGUCAAACGUGGCAGUGGUUGUAGCAGGUGAGGACAAAGCAGAGGCAGUCCACUUGGCAAUCGAUGAUGUGGGACCUGACCACCCACCUCUGCCUGCUCGGAUGGUUCAGCCAACGAAAGGGAAGUUGGUCUGGUUUUUGGACAAGCUAGCUGCUUCAAAACUGGAUAGUUCUCAAUUUUCUGAGUAGGGUCAAGUUUUCAUUGCCAAGUAUGUAUAUUUGUAUGUAGCAGAGGGAUUCAACACCUGUGGAUCCUUUUCUUCCAUCAAUUCCCAACUUUUCCUUUCCUUUCUCUCCCUUUGGCUUUUGAGUUAAAUUCUCCAAUUUGGCUUUUUAUCCUCUCUUCUCCAGAUGAGUUGGGGGAAGUUUGAUUAUCCUUUUUGUACGAUGAAUAAAGUUGGGGCCUCAGUGCAUAAGUUUUUUCUGGUUUUGGUUUCUUUGUAGGAUUGUUUUUGAAGCUUGGAUAGUACUCUUAUGGGAAGCCAGCCCAUCGGAAUAUGGAAACAGGGCACAGCCCCCUCUUCUUUUGGGUUUAUAGUCAGGUGAAAAUGUUUGAUGGAAUUCUGUAGGACCUCUCUGCAAACAACUUCAUACAAUUCCUCUAUCAGAAUAUACAUCUUUACACACAGUUUCAUCCAAUACCUUUAUCAGAAUGUAACAUCCGAACAAUAUUUUUACUUGGCAAUUGGCAUGAAUAUUGUCAAUGCAUCAUUGCAAAAUCAGCUUCUGAGAUUGAUGCCCUCA